UCCGCCGCGGAGCAGCCGGGUGGGCGGCGGGCCGGCGGGGCGCGGGGGCUGGUCCCGCAGGAGCCAGGUCGAGCCCGUCGCCGCCGGGACGCGCCUGGUCGGCACCUCGGCCUCCGUGGAAGGUGCGGCCGCCCUGCCGCCGCCGAGGCCGCCGCGAUGCCGUUCCUGCACGGCUUCCGGAGGAUCAUCUUCGAGUACCAGCCGCUGGUGGAUGCGAUCCUGGGCUCCCUGGGGAUCCAGGACCCCGAGCGGCAGGAGCCCCUGGACGGGCCCAGUUAUGUUGCCAGCGAGGAGAGCCGAAUCCUUGUUCUCACCGAGCUGCUGGAGAGAAAGGCCCACUCUCCAUUUUACCAGGAAGGUGUGAGCAAUGCCCUGCUGAAGAUGGCCGAACUGGGACUGACCCGGGCAGCCGAUGUUCUCCUGCGCAAUGGGGCCAACCUCAACUUUGAAGACCCUGUCACUUACUACACGGCCCUGCACAUCGCCGUCCUGCGAAACCAGCCGGACAUGGUGGAGCUGCUGGUGCGCCACGGGGCCGACAUUAACCGGAGGGACCGGAUCCAUGAGAGCAGCCCCUUGGACCUGGCCAGUGAGGAGCCCGAGCGCCUGCCCUGCCUGCAGCGCCUCCUGGAUCUUGGAGCAGACGUCAACGCGGCUGACAAGCAUGGAAAGACUGCUCUGCUCCAUGCUUUGGCCAGCAGUGACGGGGUGCAGAUCUAUAAUACUGAGAACAUCCGGCUCUUACUGGAAGGAGGGGCAGAUGUGAAGGCUACCACCAAAGACGGGGACACUGUGUUCACCUGCAUCAUCUUCCUGCUUGGUGAGACGGUGGGAGGGGACAAAGAAGAGGCCCAGAUGAUCAGCCGCUUCUGCUUCCAAGUCACACAGCUGCUCCUGGCCCAUGGGGCUGACCCCAGCGAGUGCCCAGCCCAUGAGUCCCUCACACACAUCUGCCUCAAGAGCUUCAAACUGCAUUUCCCUCUCCUGCGCUUCCUGCUGGAGUCUGGAGCUGCCUAUAACUGUUCCCUCCAUGGUGCAUCCUGCUGGUCUGGCUUCCACAUCAUCUUUGAGAGGCUCUGUUCCCACCCAGGCUGUGCUGAAGAUGAGAGCCACGUGGACCUCCUGCGCAAAGCUGAGACCGUCCUAGAUCUCAUGGUGACGAAUUCCCAGAAACUCCAGCUGCCUGAAAACUUCGAUAUCCAUCCUGUGGGCAGUCUAGCAGAGAAGAUCCAGGCCCUUCACUUCUCCUUGAGGCAGCUGGAGAGCUAUCCUCCAUCCCUCAAGCACCUAUGUCGGGUUUACAUCCGGCUCUAUCUUCAGCCCUGGCCUGUGGAUGCGAAGGUCAAAGCCCUACCUCUGCCUGACAGGCUGAAAUGGUACCUCCUCAGUGAGCAUAGUGGUACCGUUGAAGAGGACAUCUGACCACUCCCGGAUGGAAGGGUGCAGGGUCUGGGCAGCUCAGCCUGCUGGUGGAUUUUGGUACCUGUGGCAGCCUUAGGGGAGAACCUUCUGGCCGUCUUCCGGAAGGUACAGGUUGGGAGAUGAGACUUGAUCCUUACUGUGUACCGAGAACACAGGUGGAGCCCAGCAGCUGCGGUCAUUCCUGUGGGAAAAAAACUCUGUCUUCCAGGGGGACUGCCCCCGCUUCUGUCUGCCAGAACCCCAAGUCUCAACCACAUUGGGAAAAGGGACAGGGUGUAGAUUUGGGACAAGUGUACACCUCGUCUGCAGGGAGCAUCAGGCAGGGUAGCUUUGAGUCUCUGUCCUCCUGAGAGCUGCAGGAGGCUGGUCUGUCUUGCACGGGGCCCAGCUAAAGCCAGAAGGAAGCAUGGUAGGCUUGUGGGGGACAACCCUGCAAGGCCCUUCACUCCCAGCCUCUCCUCAUGCUAGAUUAUGUCACAUACAGAAGUGCUUUUGGUGGGCUAGGGAGAAAGCUGAGCUGACCCCUGCCACCUUUGGCCGUUCUGGGACCAGGUCACCCACGGCCCAGCCACCAAGGCAUGGGACUGGACUCUGGUGGCAGCUGUCUGUGCCAAACCUGGGACCUUGGGAGACCGUGUCUUCUGCUAAAAGCAAUUCUGCAUGACCAGAGACAGUCCUUUCCAAAAUGUCUCAAUUUUGUGAGGGGUCCAUCUGAUGAAGAAAGCUACACUGCUGAAAGCUGACUGUACUGCCCAGGCCGAGCCCUCACAAAGCCGAGUCCCAGGCACACGGGCCCUUAUGAAUUGUGUAAAUGCUGGGGAAGCAAGCUGAGGCAACUAAAGAUACAUUAUAAAGUGAAACAUUU